AUGGCUACUCACCACCGUCAAUACUACCAGCCCUCCGCUGUGCCCAUGAACAUGCCAUCCAAGGCACCGGCACCAGCAAGCAUGUACCAUGUUUCCCGAGUCCCAGGCUCGCCACCAGACUAUUCUGAUGCUAGCACCAUUGCCGGCAGCCGCUCUUCUGGCGGAUUGACAUUCAGCUCCGCUGGCGGCGAUUACGAAUCCAGCUCAGCAUCACACUCCGGCGUUGAUGUCGUCGACGUCUUGAGCGACCGCAUGCAAAACGCAUUUGACCCAACACCACUAGACAAGAGUCUGGCAAGCCAGGCACAAACCUCCGGCCAGCUGCACGCAAAGCAACAGGAACUGCUAGAGCUGCAAGCAAUGGCUCAACGACGUAUGAAGGGCCUGCGAGCGAGUUACAACGAAGGACUAAAAACCGCCCGAGAAACCAAACGGGAUCUGGAAUGGACUCAGAAGCGCGUCAGUGCCCUGAAGUCUAAGGCUGAGAAGGCCCACCCAGAUGAAUACCGUCGGGCAUCUAAGAAGUACACUUAUGACGACUACUGA